CUCCCUCGCCGCCGGAGUGCACGCCGACCUUGGCAGCGGGGCUGACCCGGGACCCCGCGUGCGCUCUCGAUCUAUUGCAGUUUGACAUUUUCAAAGAACUCAGAAGCAAGCAGUCCUGUGUUGAAUGUGAGCCCUGUUACCUACUAUCUUUGAAACCUCAGGCAGCAGCUCCAUCUGCAGAUGGCGAUACUACCACCUACUCACUGCGAUACUGUGCUGCAGGUUGAUCUUUACAUAAAGGAAGAAUAUAUCUGGUAAAGAGCUUUUAUGAAGAAGUUAAAGAGAGAAAUUAUAAGCAGUGGAGAUCUAGGCAUUUGCGUACUGGAGAAACCACUUAGAACAACCGUGUGGAGUAGACAAAAGGAAUGAAUUGGUCUGGAAGAAACUAUACUUAGGACCCACCUUUGUGUCAUUAAAGGCUGCUGAAGGAAGAGUAGAGUGUGCUGGAAAAUGAAAGAGUGUAGUGUCAAAAUGGAGACUGCAGUUUCAGAAAUCCAAGUAGAAAACAAGGAUGAGAAGAGAUCAGCACAAGUUUGCCCUCAAGAUGAGAGACAGGAGGGAAAAGCGUCCAUGCUUUGCUUCAAGAGAAGAAAGAAAGCAGGCAAAACAGCCAAGGCACGGAAAGCCAAAGCCAGCUCUGAGGCUGCCCCUGUGGCUAGAACGUGUCCCCCAGAAACAGGAAGUUCUGAUCAGCCACAGCGCCCAGGAGCUGGGGCCUGGGCCUCAAUCAAGCGUCUUGUAACACGCAAGAAAAGGUCAGAUACAUCAAAGCAGCAAAAGUCAUUUGAGGCCGAAGUACAACUUGAAAGAAAGCCCAAGGAUCCUGCUCUUUCAAAGAAAAAGUCAAAAUCCAGACUUCAGAUUCCCUGCCUAAAAUACUCCAGAGGGGCACAAAGGAAUAAUCAUUCCAAAAUUAUAGAAGAUUCAGACUGCAACAUCAAAAUCCAAGGCGAGGCUGAAGGUUUAGAGAUACAAACUCAGGCUCAAUCCGAUGAUCAGGUAAUCAAAGCUAAGUCAACCCAAGAAUUGAGUGAAGGAGUCUCACAGAAAGAUGAGCUAGUCUGUGAAGCAAAUGGGAGCAGCAGUGUAACAGCUGGAGAGAAUGUGAUUUCCGUGGAACUUGGCCUAGAUAAUAGGCAUUCAGCUAUUCAAACUGAAACUGUAAUCCUUGAAAAGGAAGUUGAAGUGAUAGAGGACAAACAAAGCACUGAAUCCCAGCAAAAAAGCCCGCUGGAAAGUUUAGAAACUGGCAGUCAGCACCCAGUGGCUUCCGUUGCUCUUCCCCAACCUAUAAUUCCAGAUCAACAAAUGGUGGAAGAAUCCAAUGACAGGAUCCAAGAAAGUGGAACAAACUGGAAAGACAAUGAAAGUGGAGAGCGUGCAGUGGAGGAGAACAAGCCAAAAGAUGCUGAAUUGAGCCAGGAAUCAGAUUUGAAAGAAAAUGAGAUCAGUGCUGAAAAACCCAAAUCAGAAGAAAGCAAAAGAAUGGAGCCAAUUGCUAUUAUCAUCACCGACACUGAAAUCAGUGAAUUUGAUGUUAAGAAAUCUAAAAAUGUCCCUAAGCAGUUCUUAAUUUCAGUGGAAAAUGAGCAGGUAGGGGUUUUUGCUAAUGAUAGUGAUUUUGAGGUUAGAACUUCAGAACAAUAUGAAAUACUCUUAAUAGAAACAGCCUCUUCGCUCGUCAAGAAUGCUAUCCAGUUGUCUAUUGAACAGCUGGUUAAUGAAAUGAUCUCUGAAGAUAAUAAAAUAAACACACUUCUACAGUGACUUAAUUUUCCAUAUCCUGGGUGGUUUAAAAAAAAAAAGCUUAAAAGCAAAUUAUUUUACACAUUUGUGGCACUUCUUUUUCGUAAGGAAUAAAAGGCUUAUCCGUGGAAUUUAAAAGUACAACUCAAGAAGUGCUCAAGAAUAAAAGUUAUAAACCGUUCUUUACCCUGAAAUACAUUCACUUCUGGACUGGAGGAAGUCAGUGCAGAUUGUCAUGCAAAAUGACACAUAGGGAGGUGCUAAAAUAGCUUUUGGAUAUUGGAGUACUUUGGGGAAGGAUGUAUUUAUUGAGCACUUUCUUACGCUGUACUCUCUUUACUGUUCCCUGAUGUCACUAGUCUGGUUCCCUUUGGAUAAUUCAAUUCUGGAUAGGUUAACAUUGCACCCAGUUUUCAAAAACUUUUCUUUUUAGCAAUGCAUUUUUUAUGUUGUGUAAAGUGGUGAAUAAGGUGAA